AUGGCGUAUAAUCCGUACGGUGGAGUUCCCGGCUUCGGCCCGCCUCCGACGUAUAAUUCCUACCCUGGUGCCAAUGGCGCUCCAGGCGUCCCGUCUGCUCCUGGUCUAGGACCUCCACCAGGCAUGUCUGCCCCAGGAACGGCGCCACCACCUGGCGUUCAGCAGCACAACAUCAAUCAAGCUAAUCGACCUAGCGGUCUGCCAUCCAACUUCCAAGCUCCCCCGAACAUGCCUAAUAUCAACUUCAACGCCCCCGUGAUCCGUCUCGGUACGACCUCCGCGAAACCCCCGACCCCCGGAAUAUCGGGCCGCAAGGAUAGCGAGACGCCCACCUCUGCCGGACCCAGAGCAGGCGUAGGCAUGGAUCGCGGGCUCGAUCAGACCCGACAGGCCAUACGGGAGAAUAUGCAGGCGCUCGCUCCGCCCACUAGAGAAGAGAUCGUGCGGACAGUGUUUGUGAGCGGCAUCGUGGACGGGAUCGGCGGCAAUGAAAACGUCGAGAAGAUACUCGACGCCGCGGGAAAACUGCGCCGCUGGGACCGAGCCACCGACGCGAGCGGCAAAGAGAUGACGUUCGGCUUCGCCCAGUUCGACGAUGCUGAGGCCCUCUGGAUCGCCUCGGAGAUCUUGAAGGAAAUCGAGGUGCCCGUGAAGAAGCAGGUGCCAUCGGAGGAGCCAGCCGACGACGACGACGCCUAUGCAAGAUUCGAGAAAGUGCCACUUCAGAUUCGGCUCGAUGAAAACUCUAUAAAGUACCUAGACGCGUAUAAAGAGAGUCGGCCUGACGAUUCGGGCGCAGAAGCAAGGCUUGAGGCGGCUAGAGGUGCGUUGAAGCAGAUUAUAAAGAACCUCUUCUACCCUUCGUCAAAACCGGGAGCAGAUGUGGACGGAGACGUCACCAUGGGCGAUGGUUCGGCUCAGAACGGAGACAAUGUUGAGGUGGUUAAUAUCCCCUUGGCACAGGAGGACGAGCUCGCCGACAUUCCGGCGGAGAUGCGAGAGACGGUCGCCGCCGAGAUUGCCGCAUUCCGGGAACGGAGCAUCAAGCGAGACUUGGAGCGCCUCAAGCGAGAAGAAGAGCUCGAGGCGAUGGAGCGCCAGCGAAAUGGCGCCCAGAGGCCGUCCCGCCUCUCAUCCCCGCCGCCGUCUAGCGCAAACACCAUUCCCUUAGGACCUCGGGGUGUUCCAAACGCCCCAUCCGGCCCCAAGGGGCAGAAGUCCGACUUGGGUAAGGACUUUAACCGAUCGAUCAACUUUGUCAAUGGCGGAGCAAACGGUAGCUCGGGGUAUAGCCGAGAGGAGGAGGAGGACUCAGCUAGCGACGAGGAAUUGGAGCGUCAACGGCUCGCCAAGCAGAAUGCGGAGGCCGAGAAGCUCUAUCUAGACGCGGAACGUCGGUGGCUCAACCGGGAAAAAUCUAGAACGGCUGCUCUCGAACGAGAAAAGGAGCGCGACGAGUCAGACGCCAAGGAUUUCGCCAAAAACCGUGAUAAGAUGCUACAGCGACUCAAGCACUUUGAUGACGAGGCGGAGGCGUCGCGAAAGACGGAGGAAUAUUACAAGGACCGUAGCGCGUGGAUUCGAAACCGCACCGCAUUUCGGGCUAGGGAGAUUGCAGCGGACGAUGCGGACCGCCAAGCCGAAGAGCAGGAGCGCGUCAAAGAAGAGGCAGAGCGCGAGCAGGCCAGGGGCAUGGCCGACUCGUUCCUCGAGAGGCAAGCACAAGAAAUGGAACAGCGGCAAGCCAGCAGAAUCGGCAUCGCCGCGCCGCAACCCUUCAAGCUCUCUCUCGGCGCCGCGGCAAAGGCACAAGCACAGCGUGCGGCGCCGCAAAGAAAGACCAUUGCCGAGGUCGAGGGCUUACUCGAGGACGAAGAUGAAGACGCUACCUCGAGACGUCAGCUUAUCCCGAUCAAGUUUGAACCGGCGGCGGCGGCGGCCAUGUCUGACGAGGAGCGCGACCGAGCCGUGCGCGCCUUGGCCCAAGAGAUUCCCAACGAGAAGGAUGGCCUCUGGGAGUGGGAUGUGAAGUGGGAUUUCCUCGACGAGAGCGUUAUCCGCGAGAAACUCCGGCCCUUCGUCGAGAAGAAGCUGGUGGAGUACCUGGGUGUUCAGGAGCAGCUCCUCAUCGAAGUGGUCGAGGAACACCUUCGGAAGCAUGCCAGGCCCGGAGACCUGGUCGAAGAGCUAGCAGAGGCCCUAGAUGACGAAGCCGAAGCGCUUGUCAAGAAGCUUUGGCGAAUGGUCAUCUUCUUCACCGAAAGCGAGAAGCGCGGUCUCUCUGCCUAG